GGGCGCUGAUUGGCUGCUUGCCUGCCUGCCUUCUUUCACCGGGUUUCUCCGUCGUGCCGAUGGUGACCGGCGAGUCAAGGAAGGAGUGAGGAGGGGGCGCGCGCUGAAGCCGUUUCGAGGACCCUCCGGCCCCGCCAUGACUCCCAGCUCCCUCGGCAGCCUCCUCCUGCUGCUGCUGUGCCUGCUCGGGGACGCCAUUGCCGGGAGAGACUUCUACAAGAUAUUGGGUGUACCUCGCAGUGCAUCUGUUAAAGACAUUAAAAAGGCCUAUCGAAAAUUAGCCCUGCAACUUCACCCAGACCGGAACCCUGAUGAUCCACAAGCUCAGGAAAAGUUUCAGGAUCUUGGGGCUGCCUAUGAGGUAUUGUCAGAUGAGGAAAAGCGAAAGCAGUAUGAUGCAUAUGGGGAAGAGGGGCUGAAAGAGGGUCAUCAGAGUUCCCAUGGUGACAUUUUUUCACACUUCUUUGGAGACUUUGGCUUCAUGUUUGGGGGCAAUCCUCGUCAGCAAGACAGGAACAUUCCAAGAGGAAGUGACAUUAUUGUGGACCUAGAAGUUACACUGGAAGAGGUGUAUUCAGGAAAUUUUGUAGAAGUUAUUCGAAACAAACCAGUAGCAAGACAGGCACCAGGCAAGCGAAAAUGCAAUUGUCGACAGGAGAUGAGAACAACCCAGUUAGGCCCAGGACGUUUCCAGAUGACCCAGGAAGUUGUCUGUGAUGAGUGUCCCAACGUCAAGCUUGUGAAUGAAGAGCGAACUCUAGAAGUGGAGAUAGAACCUGGGGUGAGGGAUGGCAUGGAGUAUCCAUUCAUUGGGGAAGGUGAACCUCAUGUUGAUGGAGAGCCUGGGGACUUGCGCUUCCGAAUAAAAGUUCUCAAGCACCCAAUCUUUGAGCGAAGAGGGGAUGAUUUAUAUACAAAUGUGACUAUCUCCCUAGUGGAGUCUCUCAUUGGCUUUGAAAUGGACGUUGUUCAUUUAGAUGGGCAUAAGGUUCAUGUUGCCCGGGAUAAAAUCACAAAACCUGGAGCCAAACUUUGGAAGAAAGGAGAAGGUCUUCCCAAUUUUGACAACAACAACAUUAAAGGCUCUUUAAUAAUUACGUUUGAUGUAGAUUUUCCCAAAGUGCAGCUCACAAGUGAACAGCGGGAAGGUCUCAAACAACUGCUGAAACAAUCAUCUGCUCAGAAAGUGUACAAUGGACUGCAGGGAUACUGAGACUUGAAGCAAAUGGACUUUCUUGAAGAUGAAUGAAAUCAGUGCUGUAAACUGCAGUCUUCUUCUGGUCAUUGUAGAACAAAAUUGAGGGCUAUUGGAGUGACUACUGAGACCUCCAUUUUUACAAAUAGUGGGGGUGAUUCUGGGACUGAUCAGAAGAUGGCAAAAGAAAUUUCCUUAUUCAGGACACAACUGGUGCUCUAAUUGGAGCAUUGUAAAGCUCCCAACGGUUGACUCGUGAGGAAUUUUUUAAGAAGUACCACGGUGAAAUUCUGGUUUUAAAAUAUAUUUUGAUGUUACUUUUUCUUGACCUUCUGAAUGAAUUUUCAUGACUUUCUCAUUCUUCCUCUACUUUGCCUUGUAUCACAGAUUACAUUAUUGGACCCGACUGUAAAGCUCUUGGUUAAAAACAUUUCUCCAGUGUUCAGAUUGUUGUCAUCCUGGAAAUAUGCCUGUUCACAUAUUUCUUAUUCUAAUGGAUUUGAUACAUGAGACAAUACUACCUCUGCAGCUUUCAUGUGUUACCUGCAUUUGACUUCUCUUAUGACUUGUCACAAAUCCAGAUAUUUCCUCUUAUUCUCAGCAUGGAAAAGUUCUUUAGAGAGGUUCUUAGUUCUCCAUUAGCAGUUAACAUAUGUGACAUUGCUCAUGCCGGUGUGGCAUACUGUGCUUCUCUGACAGUAGGACAUACCAUAUAAAUUCCAUAGACCAUAUUGAAAGUGUAUGCAUGCAUAACAUGCAGUCAGAAACAGAUAAUGCAGAAAACAAGUAACUGGAAAUCCCUUAGCUCUAUUGACUAAUGGAAGCUAAAGGAGAUAGGAAUGUUGACAAAAAAGACUCCACCCAACAUUGUUCUAGGGGGCUUGUUGCAUAUAGGUAGUCUGUUUUGUGCACCUAACUAAGAUGGGCAUGGAAGAAAAUGUGACUCAUCAGAUCAUGUUAGGAAGAGGCAAAUGGCGAAAGCCAUUAUAGCAAGGGAGCUGGAGUCUAAUGGCAUCUGGACUUAAAAGGAAAUUAUACCACUUUAUCUCCCAUCUAUAGGUAGCAGCUGCAAUUUACCCCUAUUUAUUCAACUAUGUAAAAACAUUAUCUUCCUCAUCUGUAGUUCAGCAAAAAUUGUUUUUGUGUUUUAAGCAUCAAAUUAAACCAGAACACAAAGGCAUCCAUUUGUGUGAAUCUUUAGACUAAUAUCAUGUAUUGAAUUUGUUUUCAACAGUAAACUCCCAUAAAGUGCAACACAGCCAA